AUGACGAGCGCGUCGGAGCUAUUCUACAAUAGGAGGUCUCGUUUUGGCAGGAGUUCAAACCCAUUAGAAUUCGUUCCGGAAUUCGAUUCCACAACCUCUCUCGAUCGGAACAAUCGCCGCCACCACCGUCACGCAAAUAAUCACCACCAUCUUAAUUCCGGCGGCCACGAACGGCUGGAUACUGAGGGUUGCAAUCCGCUGCGACGCGCUCCGCGUCAGUCUCGACACGCUCCUUCUAAUCGUCCUUCGCAUCCUCCUCAAGAAAAUGAAUCGAUUUGGCUUGAUAGAGGGAUCCACCACUCUGCAUCUGGAAAUGUUAGCAGUGGGAACAGCCGGCUUCCUGGAUCUGUACUACUUGCAAGAGAAAGGCUUCUGCAAAGGUUGAGAGGUGUCACUCUGUCUGGAAACAGGCUAGUUGAUGGUGGAGAUUGGGAAACUGAUAUUUCCAGGGAUUGGCUGGCUGCAAUUCCCUCAUCCACUGAUUCCGUGAUGCAGAAAAGACCUCCUGGACUCACUCAAGAGGCGUUGAACUGUUUGCAGGUUGAUAAAUUCAGUGAUACAGAUGAAGGUUUCAUUUUUGCUGCUUGGAACCCUGGCUGCAGACUUGUGGGGACUGCCCAUAUUGUCGUAGGGAUGUUGUUGUAA